AUGGAAGUGGAGGACUCGGGCGGCGUGGUGUUGACCGCCUACCAUUCGUACACUCGUUCUCAGCCGCCCAGCUCCGAGCCGCGCUGUGCGCCCAGGGCCGUCGCCAGCCACCCGGGCAGCAGAAAAUCUAUUCCUCACUGCCGAAGAAUUAACAGAAUGCUCUCCAAUGAGUCUCUACAUUCUCCUGUAUUUAGCCGUUCCAACUCCCAAGCCUCCGUAGACAGCACCUCCAUGGCAGACUUCUUGCGGGAAAUAGAAAGCAUUAAAGAGAGCAGCACAGGAGCGCAGGAGGAGCAGACACCAGCUGACGCCAGGCCUGCGGAUGAAGGAGAGCUCGAAGCGGAGUGGUUGCAAGAUGUGGGUUUAUCAGGCCUGCUCUUGGGUAACGAAGAGGAGGACGGCAAAGCCUUGCUCUCGACACUGACUCGAACCCAAGCAGCUGCAGUGAAAAAGAGAUAUAAUACUUACACUCAAACCAUGAGAAAAAAGAACAAGCAAUCUGUUAGGGAUGUCAGAGACAUCUUUGGAGUCAGCGAAUCUCCUCCAGGUGAUACCUGUGACAAUCAUACUGCUCAGUUGGAUGGUGCCCAGGAGGAAAAAGAGCUGCCAGGAGUUAUGACAGCGAGUGGCUCCUUGCCAGAUGCUGCUUCUCUCAACAGUACCACCCUGUCAGAGGGGUCCCCAGACGUCCCCAGGAGUGGCUCUGUGUCUGUGCUGGAGACCAUUCCACCUCCCCCAGUUCGUUCCCACGGAUCUCCAGACCCUGGACAGUCAGUUCAGAACGCAGUGAGUGAUGACAAUUAUCUGGAAAAGAACAUUCUACCAGAAACUGAAGAGCUGUCCUUCGAAGUAUCUUAUUCAGAAAUGGUUACAGAGGCUCCAAAAAGAAACAAAUUUAAGAAGUCAGAUUUUAAGAAAGAGGACUUUGCUUUAACUAAAUUAAUUGUCCAGAAAACCAGAUUCGGCCUAACUGAAGCAGGAGACCUAUCUGCCGAAGAUAUGAAGAAGAUCCGUCAUCUGUCUCUGAUCGAACUGACUGCCUUUUUUGAUGCCUUUGGAAUCCAACUGAAAAGAAACAAAACUGAGAGAGUAAAAGGACGAGACAAUGGGAUUUUUGGAGUUCCACUCACAGUCCUGUUGGACAACGACAGAAAGAAGGACCCUGGAGUGAAGGUCCCCCUGGUGUUGCAGAAAUUUUUUGAGAAAGUUGAGGAAUCAGGCCUGGAAUCUGAAGGAAUUUUUCGACUUUCCGGAUGCACUGCCAAAGUCAAGCAAUAUCGGGAAGAACUGGAUGCCAAGUUUAACGCUGAUAAAUUUAAAUGGGACAGAAUGUGCCACAGAGAAGCUGCAGUAAUGUUAAAGGCAUUUUUCAGAGAACUACCCACCUCUCUCUUCCCUGUGGAAUAUAUACCCGCCUUCAUCACUCUAAUGGAAAGAGGGCCUCACAUCAAAGUGCAGUUUCAAGCUUUACACCUCAUGGUCAUGGCACUGCCCGAUGCCAACAGGGACACAGCCCAGGCCCUCAUGACAUUCUUCAAUAAAGUGAUUGCCAACGAAUCAAAAAACCGAAUGAGUAUAUGGAACAUUUCUACCAUAAUGGCACCAAACCUUUUCUUCAGUCGAAGCAGACAUUCUGAUUACGAAGAACUACAGUUAGCAAACACUGCAGCCCACAUCCUCCGCCUCAUGCUUAAAUACCAGAAGAUGCUGUGGAAGGUUCCGUCUUUUUUAAUCAUGCAAGUCAGAAGAAUGAACGAGGCUACCAUGUUGUUAAAGAAGCAGCUCCCAAGUGUCAAAAAGCUGCUGAGGAGGAAGACCAUAGAGCGAGAGGUUAUAAGCCCCAAGACUUCAAAGGUACUACAAAAAUCGCCCUCUUCAAGAAGAAUGUCUGACGUGCCGGAAGGAGUCAUAAGGGUCCAUGCUCCACUUCUCUCUAAGGUGUCCAUGGCCAUUCAACUCAAUAGUCACACCAAAGCCAAAGACAUACUGGCAAAAUUUCAAUAUGAGAACAGUUAUGGUUCGUCAGAAUGCAUUAAGAUUCAGAACCAACGGUUAUAUGAAAUUGGAGGAAAUAUAGGGCAGCAUUGCUUGGAUCCAGAUGCUUAUAUAUUGGACAUAUAUCAUGUAAAUCCUCAAGCAGAGUGGGUGAUUAAACCCCAACCAAGUUUUUGAAAUACCCUCCGAGAUGGCAGCUAUUGUGUAUUACACACCAAGAAGAUUCUACAUUUGGUAGGAAAGAAAACAAGACUCCUUGUGAGAUGUUUGCUCCAAUAACCCUCUUGGUGUUUCUCAGCCCAAGUAGUGUCUCCCAGCAUUGUCAGCGUGAACCCCAGAGGAGGCUCUGUUGACUGUUUGAGCUGGGGCUUUCUCCUGUGG